GAAUUUAUGACAUUUUAUAUGUAAUGUUGCCACUGGAUUGGACGCCACUGCAAGUUCCUCAUUUCAUAUAACAUGGCCAAAGUAAUCUAAGAUUGGAGAGCAGAGUCUAGAACUGUAAAAAAAAAAAAAAAAAAAAAAAGGUCUCUAAUCAAUCACCAUGGACGAGCAUUUGAAUAACAGUGACUACAGUAACCUGAGCGUGCUGAACUGGGAGCAGGUGAAGCGUCUAGACGCCAUCCUAACCGAAUCCAUCCCCAUUCACGGGAAAUGGAAUUUCCCAACAUUGGAAAUGAAGCCUCGGGAUAUCGUCAACGUGGUGCGUUGUCGCAUGGAAGAGUGCAAAAUCCAUGUUCGGGAGGUUCGGCUGAACGGUUCCGCGGCCAGCCACGUUCUUCACGAGGAGAGCGGAUUGGGCUACAAGGACCUGGACCUCAUAUUUUGCGCUGAUCUGAAAGGAGAAGUUGAGUUUCAGACCGUCAAGGAUAUUGUUCUCGAUUCCCUCUUGGAUUUCUUGCCUGAAGGCGUGAAUAAAGAGAAAAUAACUCCGUUGACAUUAAAGGAAGCAUAUGUGCAGAAAAUGGUGAAAGUAUGCAACGAUUCAGACCGCUGGAGUUUAAUCUCACUCUCCAACAACAGUGGCAAGAACGUCGAGUUGAAGUUUGUGGAUUCCCUGCGGCGUCAGUUUGAGUUCAGCGUGGAUUCUUUCCAGAUCCGCCUGGACUCCCUCCUCCUCUUUUACGAGUGCUCAGAGAACCCAAUGGCGGAGACGUUCCACCCCUCCAUCGUUGGCGAGAGCGUUUACGGUGACUUCAGCAUUGCUUUGGAUCACCUGCAGCGGAAAUUGAUCUGUACGCGAAAUCCAGAAGAGAUCCGUGGUGGUGGAUUGCUGAAAUACUGCCACCUGUUGGUACGAGGUUUCCAUGCAGCUUCCGAAGUCGAGAUGAAACUUCUUGAACGCUACAUGUGCUCGCGGUUCUUCAUCGACUUCUCGGAUGUGGCGGAACAAAGGCGCAAACUAGAGUCAUAUCUGCAGAAUCACUUUGUAGGACUUGAGGACCGAAAAUACGAGUAUUUGACCACGCUGCACAGUGUCGUCAAUGAAAGUACGGUGUGCCUGAUGGGACAUGAAAGACGACAGACUCUGAGCCUCAUCACCAUGUUGGCAGUACGUGUUCUGGCAGAGCAGAAUGUGAUUCCCAAUGUAGCCAACGUUACUUGCUUUUACCAGCCUGCGCCGUACAUUGCUGAUGGCAACUUUAGCAAUUAUUACAUUGCUCAGGUGCAGCCAGUCUACGCUUGCCAGCCCAACCACACCUUUUCGCCAUGGUUGCCCUGCAAUUGAGCAGUCCAACUAUAAAACUCUUGGUUUUAAAACGGACCACUUGUGGACCACUUCUUGCUGGAAGAAGGCAAUUCCUUGAGAAGUGUUUAUUUGCGCGCUUUACAGUGUGUUGUUCAUGAAAACCCUGAAAAACCCUAAGACUUUGCCAAUCGGUUGUUUCCUGUUUGCUGCAAGGGAAAGCUACCAGAGUACCGGAUGAGAGGCGUGAGAAAUGGAGGGAGAGUGAGGUCACUUGGAUUUGUUCCCAUGGGGCUGCACGUUCUACCAAGGCUUUACAUGGCUCCAUUACAGGCCUAAAGAAGCACAAUGCUGGCUUAGCAAUGUGGACACUUACCAACUCUAGACUCUUACCUCUUCAAAGAGCAUCUGAGUCAAUGCAGUAACACAAGGACACAAGAGUGACUGACUUUGUGCAUGUUCACGUCCAUAUGUGUGUGGUAGACAUACUUGAAGUCUCAAAGAGAUUAAACCUGUCAAUUGUGUUGAAAGGGCAGAUAGAUUAGCCAAUAAAAGGCAUUUGUUGAUGCUAAUUAUUCUUGUUAUCAGACUGAAAAGAACUGAAUUCAAUGGACUGGAUACCUUUU